CACAGGACUAGGCACUUAGUCUAAAAGCAAACACCCGAAACACAUGAGCUACUGACAGUCAUGAAUCGCGUGUGCUGAAAACAUUUCAUAAUGAAUUUGAAUAGUUGAAUCCUCUGGAACCAUGAAACCUGCUGAACCCCAGGGAGAGAUCAUACCCUUAAUGGAAUCAACGCUAUCUGAAGCAUCACCAGCACAGUUUUCAGAAGACCCCACUUUGAGCUCUGAAGGCACUGAGCCCCAGGGAUUUGGUGUGCCCUUCUUAGCAGUGACAAGGUUGGAAGCAUCACCUCAGCUUUGCUCUGAAAACCCAACCCUGGGGUCUGGAUUGAUAUUAGAGGAUUCCAAGGAUGACCCUUCACUCACUGUUAAACUGUCUGAGCCCCAGGAACAGGGCGUGCCCUUGUUAGAGGCGCCAACAUCAGAAGUGUCAACAUCGCUGCCGUCAGAGGGCCCGUCAGAGUCUGUCCGUCGCAAACGCUGGCGCAAACGAUUCAGACCCCGCAGGCGGCCACCCCGUGCAGCCAAGAGGAUCCUGGUGCUCCUGUGUGCAGUCACCAUUUUCUCCGCAAUUGUAGUUGCAAUGUAUUUCAUAGUGAGACAUUUGGAGAGACCUAUUGAAAAUAAAACCUUGAUACCAAUCGGGGGCAACGGACCAACAACUGACUGCAAUGAGACUGACACAUAUGUCAACCAUACAGCUUCAAGCACAGUGUCUUUCAGAAUUAAUACUGAGAACUCUCUAUUGGAGAUACGUCACCAAGCAUGGCAAGUAUGGCUUCCUGUUUGUGAUGAGAAGUGGAACUCCUCACUGGGAAAACGGAUAUGCAGAUACAUGGGACAUAUCAAGUACCUGAAUUCCAGUGUAAUGAAUAUAAGCGAGAUUGGAUCCAAUUACACACAAGGAUUUGUUGAACUCACUGAUGGACAGGACAAUGAUUUGGAAAAGAUUUGGAGCUACAGGGCUAGCUGUGCAUCUGGAAAAGUAAUAAAACUGAAAUGUUCUGCCUGUGGAGAGAAGCACGACUUUUUCAUGAUAGUUGGAGGACAGGAAGCCAAAAUGGGGAGCUGGCCUUGGCAGGUCACAUUGUACUAUCAGUACAAGCACAUGUGCGGAGGUUCCAUCAUCGACCGUUACUGGGUCUUAACUGCAGCACACUGUGUACACAGGUCACCAUUUGCUUACAACUGGCUAGUGUAUGCUGGUAUUCUGGACAGGCAGGUCAUUCUGUUCAGCAGUGUAACCAGCUACGUGGUCGAGAAAAUCAUCUACAACAGUAACUAUGAUGAUGAGACGCAUGACUAUGACAUCGCCCUCCUAAAGCUAAAAAAACCAAUCGAAUUUUCAAAUACGGUGAGGGCAGUCUGUCUGCCAGAAUACAAUCAACACGUUACACCAGGCAAAGAGUGUUGGAUAUCUGGCUGGGGUCAUGUAAGAGCAGAUGCCUAUGAACUAGAAAAUAUUUUAAAAGAAGCUUCAGUCCCUCUCAUAAGCACUGAGAGAUGUAACAGCAGCUGCAUGUACAAUGGCGCCGUCUCUCCAAGAAUGUUAUGUGCAGGAUACAAGGAGGGUAAAGUUGAUGCAUGCCAGGGAGACAGUGGUGGCCCUUUGGUGUGUGAAGAUGUCCAAGCUUGGCAUUUGACCGGAGUAGUGAGUUGGGGCGUUGGCUGUGCUGAAGCUAAUCACCCGGGAGUUUACACAAAGGUGUCCGAGUUCCUAGAUUGGAUAUACAGCACCAUUGAGCGUUUGGACACCUCUGCCUCUUAGAAAAGAUUCUAGAAUCUUCUGAACAAUGUGCGGAAUGCAAUGCAUGGAAGAGGAGCAGCCCGUGACUCAGAGUGAUCCGAAGGUUUCACACGUGUGCUGUUCCCUGGCAUUAGACCUCGAGAAUCAGUUUGGGUUAUUCUCUAAAUAUGAGGGUAGUCAAAAAAAUUAUGACCCCAGGCUCACUGAGUGAGGUCAAUUGUGUGUUUUUUUUUAAAACCAAGUCCAGUAAUCUGGUUUUCCCAUAAUGGGACAUUAGAGUGCGUGAUGCCGUCAGAGACAGCAUCUAUGAUUAACUCCUCUAAAAAAAAAGACUGCUUUUCACAUAACUAAACCCCACCAGGUAAACAGGGUUGGACAUUCUUUAGCUUCUUGGGUCUGAGCAUGUUGGCAUUUACCUUAUCAAAAAUUAAAAGACAGUUUUAAAACAAAUCCAUUGUUUGCAAGUUUGUCCCCAUUUCCAGUGCAGACUUUGCAGAAUGUCGUGGAGAGGAUGUGCCACUCAGAUGGCCAUCUUAAGCGACUGCCUGCCAAAGUGAAAUCACGCAAAUUGGCACUGUAGCCAAAACGAAUCACCUCUUCAUUUUUUUUAUACAUCUCACUUUGGUCAAGUGUACAGCAGUGAGUGUCGUUGCUGCAGUAUAGUGCAGGAGCCUGGUGCCAAAGCUUUGCCAAAAAUGGCCCUGAAAAUGAGAGGUAAUUUUUACCAAAAUUUGGCAGCAACACAUUGAACAAAAAAAGCAAAGCUUUCACCAGAUGAAAGGUUUUCGGUUAUUUCCAGUGCCAAGAAAUCACACAGUUUAGUAAUAUUUAGGACAAACAUGUAAAACCAUUGUCCAGGACCAGCGACAGUCAGAAACAUCAGCUUUACAUUUUGAUGCGGAGUUGCUAAUGAUGCAAGAAUUUGAAGGCGGAGGUGAAUAUUUAGUGCCAUGCUUGGAUUUAUAUCCAUUGCAUACUGAGCACUGAAAUCAAAAGUUAAAAAGGGAAAAAUGUCUUGAAGUUUAAUUGUUUGCGAAAACUGUUCAAAUUUUCAAGGAAGAACUUGAUUUGAACUGACCUGCAAUAAUUCCAAGUGUUGGAAGCUAAUUGUCCUCAGUUCCAGCUGUACAAUGGAGAUCUGGGAUCAAAUCACAUGCUUUGAUAAUGUGUAGGAUGAAGCUCAGCCUAGGAUUGCCCACUCUGAUUGUGCCACUCCUGUAGUUCUGUGCUCCUUUGACACUCCAGUGCAGUACUGAGGGAGUGCUGCACUGUCAGAGGUGCCAUCUUUCAGAUGAGACAUUAAAUCCAGGUCCCUGCCUUCUCAGGUGAAUGCAGAAGAUCCAAUGGCGAUAUUUCAAAGAACAGGGAAUUCUCCCCUGGUGACCUGGUCAAUAUUUGUCCCUCAAUCAACAUUACAAAAAGUGGUCAUUAUCACGUUGCAGCUGAUGCCAGUUUGCUGUGGCCAAAUCUGUUUCCUACAUUACAACAUGUCAAAAAGUGGUUCAUUGGUUGUAAAGCACUUUGGGACAUCUGGUAGUUGUGAAAAGCAAUGUACAAAUUCAAGUCUUCCUUUCUUUCCAAUUCCGGCCCCAUUUACAUCCCUGAUUUCCACCAUUGGCAACCACGCCUUCAGCUGCAUGAACCGCGAAGCUCUGGAUUUCCCUGCCUCAACCUCUCUACCUCUUGAUCCCCCUUUAAUGUGCUCCUUUAAACCUCUUUACCCAAGUUUUUGGUCACCUACGCUAAUAGCUCUUCACGUGGCUCGGUGUCAGAUUUUUGUCUGGUUACGGUCCUGUGACAUUUUGAGAUGUUAAACGGACAUUAGUGGUAAAAUAUUCAUAUUAUGUACAUUAAUAAAUAUAACUAUAUCUAUACUGGUGAUGAUCUGGACCUUGCUGCCUCUGAGGGUGGUGGAAACGAAGAUGAUCAAUGAUUUCCAAAGGAAGUUAGAUGUGUACUUGAGGGGCUAUGGGGGACUGGAGCUGACUGGAGUGCUCUUCAAAGAGCCAGCAUGACCCAAUAGGUCAAAUAAUUUCCUUCUGUGUCACAAUGAAUCUACAGUUCAAUAUAAAUGCAAGUUAUUGUAGGCAGAGAGAGAAAACAGAUUGUUAUUAAAAAAUGCAAAAUUUAUUAAUAAAUUCCAGCAAAAGUGUUGAGUCCAUCUUAAUAUUUAGAAAUAUUAGUGUUAGAUUUGGAAAGUUAUGGUUCUGCUACAAAACCUUUCAAAGGUGCUUCUGCCCUCAAUAUAAAAAAAGCCCACCGAGCAACCAAUGCAAGUAUUUCCCCACAAAGGGUACAACUUUGUCACAUCCCAUUCCAUGUGGUGCCUCGCUGAUGUAAUUUUUUAACCGUUUAUCAUUUUUCUUUGUAAAAUUUAUUGAGAAUA